AAUUUGCAUUUCCUAAACCUCGUUUCUGCCAUUGCAAAGGCUUUGACCCAUAAACUCAUAAUCUUUUCUUCCUUCCUUCUCCAUUUCAUAGAGAAGGAGACAGCCAUGGCUCUUUGCUCCACCAGAUUUCUCUUCAUUCUCUUCAUACUUUCAGCCAUUCCCAUCGCAUUCCUCAUCUCCCUCGAGCUCGCUAACCCCCCUUCCCAUGUCUAUUACUACCACAGCACCGGUUACUUUAGGGAGUGUGCCAAAUGGGACGAUCUCGGCCGCCGUUUCUUGGUCGGAUUCAUGAGCGGCGGCGGCGUUGGCCAGGUUUCCGUCCCCGAUGAUUACACGCCGGAGACCAUUCUUGAGGAAGUUCCCGUCAUCAAGGAUGCUGACUUGCAGGGGAAUGCUUCUCUUGGGAUUGUUGUUGACCGCCCCAGAAAUCGACUGCUUGUGGUUUUCGCCGAUUUGCUUGCCAACAAGUACAGCGGACUUGCAGCGUAUGAUCUCUCGUCAUGGAAACGGCAAUUUCUGACUCAUCUUAGUGGCCCGAAUGAUGAGAAAUCCUUUGCGGAUGACGUUGCCGUAGAUUCCGAAGGGAAUGCAUAUGUCACCGAUGCCAAGAACAACAAAAUAUGGAAGGUUGGAGUCGAUGGAAAGUUUUUAUCUACGAUCAAUAGUCCACUAUUCAUUUCAAAGCAAUGGUACAAGAACUUGGUUGGUUUGAAUGGCAUAGUUUAUCAUCCAGAUGGAUAUUUGUUAGUUAUUCAUACAUUUAGUGGAAGUUUGUACAAGAUAGAUUUAGUCAAAGGGGAGGAAGUUAAGUUGAUCAAUGUAACUGGAGGUAGUCUGAUGCUUGGAGAUGGUCUAGAACUACUUUCUCCAACCAAACUUGUAGUUGCAGGAAACCCAGCAGGAAGAUUGGUGGAGAGCACCGACGGGUGGGAAACUGCUUCUUUGGUGUCGACAUGUUCGGGGCUCAAGCAUCGGUUGGCCACGUCUGCAACGGUGAAGAAUGGUAGGGUGUACCUGAGCCACAUGAUCGGUAUUGGGUAUCCAAAGAAAAAGCAUGCUCUUGUAGAGGCAGUUUUUUCUGCAUAGGAUGGUUUCGUAGGACAGAAUGCUUGAUGUAGGUUUGAGAAUACAGAAGAAAAUUAAUUCAUUCUGUUUGGGUUUAUGUUAUUUCCAAUAUGAAGAUUGUGGAGAGAUGGGAAGGUCUUUUAAGUAUGUUUUCAAGAGGUGGAGAUUUCUUGUGAAAGACUUGCAAAAUUCACAAAAUGAAAAGGUGAAAUGGAUUUUAGGACUUCCUGCCAUUUUGUUCA